CAGCAUUCCAGGCCAUUUCUGUGGAGAUGCGCAGCCCUGGACGUAAUGUGCCGUCAUACUUCGUUGUUUUACACACAGUAUAACUCUGCUGGUCCUCUGCUUGCUGCUGAAGCCUUCACGUUGACUACCUGAAUUGACCCAAUCCAAAAACAUCCGCCAUCAAUCGCCAUGCCUCUCGCCAGACAAGUGAAUCCAGACGAGCUCAUGAAGACUCUCCGCGACCAUCCGGCCCAUAAGGCUAGAGGUCACGGUAGUAACCGCGAAGUCUCGCACACUACUCCCUACUCGAGUCGCUAUGCCGCCAGCACCGAGCUCUCCAAAUUCAGGAUCCCACAGGAUGGCGCUCCAGCAGAUGUCGUGCACCAGCUACUCAAAGAUGAGCUCGAUCUCGAUGGAAGGCCCAGUCUGAAUCUGGCAUCCUUUGUGGGAACUUACAUGGAGAAAGAGGCUGAGCAGCUGAUGAUUGAGAAUCUCUCAAAGAACAUGUCAGACGCCGACGAGUAUCCCGCAAUGAUGGAUAUGCACACGCGCUGUGUAUCUAUCAUUGCUAAUCUCUGGGGUGUCCAGAGUGGUGAGAAAGCCAUUGGAUCAGCAACCACUGGCUCUAGCGAAGCCAUCCACCUCGGCGGACUGGCGAUGAAGAGAAGAUGGCAAGAGAAGCGCACAGCAGCGGGCAAGGAUACAUCGAAGCCGAACAUUAUCAUGGGGGCGAAUGCCCAGGUGGCUCUCGAAAAGUUUGCCCGCUACUUCGAGGUCGAGGCUCGCAUUCUGCCCGUAAGCGAGGACUCGUCUUACCGUCUGGAUCCAGAGCUGGUCAAGAAAAACAUUGAUGAAAACACCAUUGGCAUCUUCGUCAUCCUCGGUUCAACAUAUACAGGACAUUACGAGCCCGUUGAGGAAAUCUCCAACAUCCUGGAUGACUUCGAGAAGGAGACAGGCAACGACAUCCCAAUACACGUCGAUGCGGCUUCUGGAGGCUUUAUUGCUCCGUUUACUCACGCCAAGGCUGGUAAGAAAUGGGACUUCCAGCUUCCGCGAGUAAAGUCGAUCAACACUAGCGGGCAUAAGUUCGGUCUGGUGUAUGCAGGUGUUGGCUGGAUCAUCUGGCGCGAUGAGAGCUAUCUUCCUAAGCACCUCAUCUUCGAGCUCCACUACCUAGGUGGUACAGAAGAGUCUUAUACUCUCAACUUUUCCCGUCCGGGAGCGCAAGUCAUUGCACAAUAUUACAAUCUAAUUCAUCUGGGCUUCGCCGGCUAUCGCAGCAUCAUGGAGAAUACUUUGGCCAAUGCGCGGUUGUUGAGCAGGGCGCUCGAGUACACUGGCUGGUACCGUUGUGUUAGCGACAUCCACCGAAAGAAAGGCGACCUCAAGUUCGUGGAUGGAAAGAAGCAGUAUGAUGAGGGCGACACAAGCGCAGACUAUAAUGCUGGCCUUCCUGUUGUAGCAUUCUCGCUUACGGAUGACUUCAAGAAGGAGUUUCCCCACGUGAAACAGGAGUCUGUCAGCAACCUCUUGCGAGCGAAGCAAUAUAUCAUUCCAAACUACCCAUUGCCACCUAACGAGGACAAGACGGAGAUCCUGAGAAUAGUCGUACGCGAAACCUUGUCUUUGGACAUGAUUGAUCGCCUCGUCACCGACAUUUGCGCAGUCACCGAGUUGCUGAUGAAGACGGAUGCAGUCGACCUUGCAGCGUUCCAGCCUUCAACGCCGAGUGUAGAGAAAGAUCAUGUGAACAAGGGCCAGAAAGCCAGUCAACAGAAAGACAAGGCCAAGCACCCGAUGUCCAAGGGCGUGCAUAGAGCGGUAUGCUGAAAGCCGUCUAGUAUACUUGCCGGUGGUGUAGCAUACUAGCUAGGUUAGCAAAGCUGGAACAAAUCCUAUCCCAGCCUGUAGCGGUUCAGCUUGAACACUACAGCUCGGUUUCACAAGCAUCAGCAUCAUUGUU